CUCACUUCUUGGAGGUCAUCCUUUAACUGCGUAUUUUUGCCAGUAAAAUGUCCCAACUGGAAAAGCCGAUGAAGAUAUCUAAGCAGCUAAGGAUGAAGGCGCAAGAAUUCUUGUCCUCCAAGAAGAAUUCGGAGUGUCUGGCUCAGAUCGUGAACCAUUUAGAGUGUGGGGCGGAUCAGCUAUCUUGUUUACUUGCGCUGGAAUUGAUAUUCACCACUUUGUUAAAAGAAAGGGAGAUGUUCAUUGAAGUAGUGCCUCUGAAGCCGGUGGAGAAGACGCCAGAAAACCAAUACAAAGAAUGGUUGAAAAGUGCUUAUGAAGAAUGUUACACUAAAAUUUUACAGAGCCUAGAGAAUACCUCACAUAAGAUUCAAGUGCAAGGAUUAUCUACUGCAAUGAAUAUUUUAUCGCAAGAAGGGAGAUUUCCAUUAGAAGUAAAGGGAUCCUUGGACAACUACGUUCCGUUACCAAAAUUGAAAUCUCUGUUGAUGAAGAUUCUUUCGAAUAAACAGAUCAACUCCCAGCUUAUCAAUAAAUAUACAGAGUACCUCCUAUUCGAUGACAUUUUGUUCUUUACCUGGAAAGUGUUGCCAUCUCUAACAGCAAAGUCCAACCCCAACGAUGUGUACAUUAUGAAUUACCUGUUGCUGUUGGAGAAGCUCCAAGUAUAUCAGAACAGUGAAACUAACAUUUUGUGCGGGACAGAGGAAGGUUCGUUUUUUACGUUCGAUGAAACCGUGACAAUCAAAUGCCUCAACAAGAUCUGGCACUGCGUCAUGCUGUGGGAGCACACCCCCCACACCCACAAACAGUUACUGAUAGUCAUGCUCGAGAAAGUGUUACCCCACUUAGAAAAACCCCUUCUCCUCACUGACUUUCUCAUGGACUCUCUGGACGUCGGAGGACCCGUCAGCCUCCUAGCCCUGCAAGGUUUAUUCAACUUGAUUCAAACGCACAACCUGAACUACCCCAACAUCUUCGUCAAGCUGUAUUCCAUGUUCGAGCCGGAAAUCUUUCACACCAAGUACAAGGCCAGGCUGUUCUUUUUGUCCGAUUUGUUUCUUAGUUCGACACAUCUGCCGGAGAAUUUGGUAGCCGCCUUCGCCAAGAGAUUAGCCAGAUUAGCGUUGAUAGCCCCCUCUGAGGACAUAAUAGUCAUCUGUAAAUUCAUCGGCAAUUUAAUAUUGAGGCACCCCGGACUAAAAUGCCUCCUAAACAACCCGAACUGCUCCGCCGCCAACACGGACCCCUACAUCAUGGAAGAACGCGACCCGCUCAGGUCCUACGCGAUGAGCAGCUCCUUGUGGGAACUGGAGACGCUGCAGCACCACGUCCUCCCUAACGUCGCCAACGCCGCCAAGUUCAUAAACGCCCCCCUGCCCAGGGUCGAGUGGGAUCUCGGCAAGAUGUUAGACAGCACCGGCGACGACAUAUUCGACAGGGAGGUGAAGAAGUUUAGUAAAUUGAUCGUCUUGCAGUUCGAGAAGCCCAACGGCGCGACGAUCGGAAAGGGCGACCGCGUGAUGCAGUAUUGGAACCUGUAAGUUUAAAAUGGUGCACCCCUGGGGUAUGUCGGACCUGUUUUGUUUUAACGUUUCGUAGAGUUACGCCUCCACGGCUAAUUUUUUACGUAGGUUUUGUACUUUUGUAUUUUCUUAUCCACCGCCGGUUGCCAAAUUUUCAAAAGGGUUCUUUUUUCGCAGGCGCUUUUUGAGACUAGUAAAGUGACGGAGGAAUAUUAUUCCGAUAUUGUGGCAGUUUUGUUUUUGUUUUUUUUUUCUUUUUCUUAUUUAUUGCAUAUUUUGCCAGCUGUGGGGAAAUUUAUAAAUUAAUGGAAUAAAUCCUUGUGCCAAAAGGAUUAGACGAGGGUUAUUUUUCUGAAAUUAGAUUUGCAUAACCGAAAAUCUUACCCAUUGACCGAUUGAUCAUUUUGGAGCAAGAGUUUGUUUAAUUAAUUUUUUUUAAUUUUUAAUACAUGGCAAAAUACCCAAUAAAUAAGGAAAAAAUCCAUAGUUGUAAUGUGCUAUCCCUUCUUUUUUUUUUAUCUCUUAAUAUGUUGAUAUUCCGUUGAUAUAAACUAAUCCAAACAAUUAAAGGAUCAAAAGAAUUUCCGAAAUUUUUCCGUGA